CUGCGGGCUGGCGCGCGCACGGGGCGAGCACGCGCCCGGCGCGGAGCAGCCCCGCUGGCGCGCGCUCACAGCCACUUAAACUCCUCCAAGUUGAGAGCGCGAGACCAUCCUCAGCUUUGUCCGGUUAAACUACAACGCGGGGAGGUUUUAAAGCUCGACAGGGAGGCGGGGUACACCAUGGGAAACAGAUUCAGCAGAAGGAGAGAUCCUCCAGCCAGUGGUUCUGAAGCUGUGGCCACUGAGCAGAAGCCGGAGGUGGAGCCCGCCGCUGUUAAACCGGUGUCGCAGAACCAGGUCUCUGAGCCAGACAAUGCCGAGGUGCUGGCAGAGAAGCCGGCGGCCGCCGCUGCAUGUCCACCCAAAGAAGAAAGUCAGACGGAGUCCAAAGAGGAAGAGACCCCUGCCCCUUCAGGCCAAAUCCAAGAACCAGAGCCCACGCCAAAGGAGCCUCCAGCUCCGGUACAACCCGAACUCCUCCUAUCUGCCGGCAACCCUCCAGAACCAGUCGAUGUGGCUCCACUUGCUCCGGAACCGGCCCCAGAGCCUGUCCGUCAACCUGAUUCCACCUCAUAUCCGGGGGCGGAUCCUGACCCUGUCCCAGAAGCUGAGGUUCUGGAGCAGCAUGGAGACCUGCUCGAACGAGAAAGCCUCCCCGAGCCAGAGCCGCCGUCACCUCCUCUGAUCGAACUGAGCGCCCCAGAGGCCCCUCCCUCCCCCGACCCCGUCCCUGACCCGGUCAGUUCAGACCAACCGCCACACGCCUCGGCAGGUGAGCGCUUCGAGGUGUCUGAGGGCUCCACUCUGGGCCAAGAAGAGUCCACAGAAACGUUAGAGUUUCUGGAAGACCAAAGCGAGGCGGUGGCCGCAGAGGGCUGUGAGAGGUUUGGGAGCGACGUCAACGAGGGAAGCGUUAGCGAAAUCCUGACAAAUUCUGAGCUGGAAGGAAAUUACCUUCUCAAUGACCUCAUUCCAAGUGAUGUCAAGGUCCCCGAUGACUCUCCCAUCAUGGACGUGAGCACGUCCAUCGAGCUCAUGUGAAUCCACUGAAGAGGAUUACUGACAGAUAUUUUCCCUGUGACACCUUCCUGACCAUUUCACGUGAAUUUCUGAAUGGAUGAAAUAAACAUUUUUUAUGGCACCCUAAGUGCCUUCCUUAAGGCAGAUGUCCAGUUCUCCUUUCUUUAAUGACCCAAAUAUGAGCUGCGCAUCAGGCUGAACUGAUUCUUAAAUACCAAUGCUUUCCUGCUCAUGGUACAUCUAUGCUGCCAGUUUGUGUACAUGAUCCGUAUAUAAUCAGACAACAGAGAUCUCUCUCUAUGCAAACAUUUGAACAUGUCUCGGGUCAAGUAUUAAACAAAGAGUUACUGCUACUAUACACCAGCUCUGUAUGAAAAUCUGUAUAAACCAAAAAAGUAAAAACUCUCUGAUUACAAAACUGAGACGCAUUCUGAUUAAUAAAAGACGACAAACCAGGAACCAUAGAUACACAUUCCGCUACACAACAUAAAAGAAAAGCACUUUAACAUUCAGC